AUGGCUAACGAAGGAGGGGAGGAGCAGGUCAAUGCUUUGGCAGAGAGGUGGGCAGACGUCACUAUUGCAGAUGAAGAGGAUUGUUUUGCGCCGAACGAAGAUGGGGUGGAGGUGGGUACGGAUCCACCGGUACAAACAUGGAGUGUUGUCGGCAGGUUUUUGACAGCAAAAUUGAUUAAGCUUGAGUACAUGAGACAAGUCCUGGCUUCGGUUUGGCAACCGGUGAUGGGUGUGACGGUGACAGAGAUACAGAAGGGUUUGUUUCUAUUCGUUUUCUUCCAUAAAACGGAUGUAGACUAUGUUCUCGAUGGAGGGCCAUGGGCGUUCGAGAAUAGUAUUUUGGUGUGUCGCCUGGUUGAUGAUGGGGUGCUGCCGGUUAAUGUGGUCUUGAACACUGUUGACAUGUGGGUACAGUUGCAUGAUGUGCCAAUGGGUUAUACAUCACAGCCAAUACUAGAGCAGAUGGGUAAUUUCAUUGGAACCUUUAUAAAGCAUGAUGAGAGAUUUGUGGGGGCACCAUGGUUAGCGUUUUAUCGUAUCCGUGUGUCGAUUCCGGUUGAUAAGCCGCUGCGGAGGCGCAUGAAGCUGUUAAAGCGUGAUAAAACUACAUGUUGGGUUAACUUUAGGUACGAGAGGCUUCAUUCCUUUUGUUUUUUCUGUGGUUUGAUGGGGCAUUCCUACAAAUUUUGCGUGAAGGCUCGGGUCUCUAUGAUCCCGGUUCAGCAGUAUCCAUAUGGCCCGGAGAUGAGAGUGGGGGGUGGUAGGGGACCGAGGGAGGUGGGGGAGAACUGGUUGGUACCUGUGGGUGUGGAGGCGGUGGCGAAAAGGAGGAGGGACGAGGGGUAUGAGGGAGGGAGGCGUAAUGGGGAUGAAGAUAUAGCAAUGGCUGAUGUGUCAAAAAACGUGUUCAUGGCGGGUGCUGCUGCGCAGACCCGCCGGUCCCAAUGA